GGCAUCCGUCGUCAGAUCAUUAACUGAAGACGAAAUAAACAACUAUGCAAAAUUCUCACAUGGAUGAGUACAGAAAUUCUAGUAAUGGCAGCACAGGCAACAGUUCAGAGGUAGUGGUAGAACAGUCUGCUGAUUUCAGUACUGAGAUUAUGAAUGUUACGGAAAUGGAACAGUCCCCUGAUGGAUCUCCUAAUGUGAAUGCAACUACAGAAGAAAAUGAAAUAACAAAUGCUGUGGACCUUCCAGUGACAGAAACGGAAGCAAAUUUCCCUCCAGAAUAUGAAAAAUUCUGGAAAACUGUAGAAAACAAUCCUCAGGAUUUUACAGGCUGGGUAUAUUUGCUUCAGUAUGUAGAACAGGAGAAUCACUUGAUGGCUGCCAGGAAAGCAUUUGACAAAUUUUUCAUACACUAUCCGUAUUGCUAUGGUUACUGGAAAAAGUAUGCAGACCUUGAAAAGCGGCAUGACAACAUUAAACAAUCAGAUGAGGUGCGUUAAACCUCUACAGUUUGUCAAGCUUUGCAGUGCAAGCCUCUGUAUUACACUGCAGCUUAACAAACGCUGUCAUUGAUGCUCUAAUGGGUCUGUGCCCUAUGGUCUGUAACCCAAAGCCUGCCCACACAACCCGGUCAGAAUGCAGGGACUGCUGCGCUUUGAAGAUCAAGACUCUGCACGUGGGGAUCAGAACAUUGCCAUGUUCUAUCCAACCUCCACCCAAAUGGUGUAUCGUCGGGGGCUUCAGGCAAUACCUCUUAGUGUUGACCUAUGGAUACAUUAUAUAAACUUCUUAAAAGAAACAUUGGACCCUGGUGAAUCUGAGACAAAUAGUACAAUAAGAGGAACUUUCGAGCAUGCGGUUCUAGCUGCAGGAACAGAUUUCCGAUCUGACAGACUGUGGGAAAUGUAUAUAAACUGGGAAAAUGAACAGGGAAACCUGAGAGAAGUUACAGCUAUAUAUGAUCGUAUUCUUGGUAUUCCAACACAGCUGUAUAGCCACCAUUUUCAGAGAUUUAAAGAACAUGUACAGAAUAACUUGCCUAGAGAUCUGCUAACUGGUGAACAGUUUAUUCAGCUGCGAAGGGAAUUAGCUUCUGUAAACGGACAUAGUGGUGAUGAUGGUCCUCCUGGUGAUGAUCUACCGUCGGGAAUUGAAGACAUUACUGAUCCAGCAAAGCUAAUUACGGAAAUAGAAAACAUGAGACAUAGAAUCAUUGAAAUUCAUCAAGAAAUGUUUAAUUAUAAUGAGCAUGAAGUUAGUAAAAGGUGGACAUUUGAAGAAGGUAUUAAAAGACCUUAUUUUCAUGUGAAACCAUUGGAAAAGGCACAACUAAAAAACUGGAAAGAAUACUUAGAAUUUGAAAUUGAAAAUGGGACUCAUGAACGAGUUGUGGUUCUCUUUGAAAGAUGUGUCAUAUCAUGUGCCCUCUAUGAGGAGUUUUGGAUUAAGUAUGCCAAGUACAUGGAAAACCAUAGCAUUGAAGGAGUGAGGCAUGUCUUCAGCAGAGCUUGCACUAUUCAUCUCCCAAAGAAACCCAUGGUGCAUAUGCUUUGGGCAGCUUUUGAGGAACAGCAGGGUAAUAUUAACGAAGCCAGGAAUAUCUUGAGAACAUUUGAAGAAUGUGUUCUAGGAUUGGCAAUGGUUCGUUUGAGAAGAGUAAGUUUAGAACGACGGCACGGAAAUAUGGAAGAAGCUGAACAUUUGCUUCAGGAUGCCAUUAAGAAUGCCAAAUCAAAUAAUGAAUCAUCGUUUUAUGCUAUCAAACUAGCCCGGCAUCUUUUCAAAAUACAAAAAAACCUUCCAAAAUCAAGAAAGGUGCUUUUGGAAGCAAUCGAAAGAGACAAAGAGAAUACAAAGUUAUACCUCAAUUUACUUGAAAUGGAAUAUAGUGGUGACCUCAAACAAAAUGAAGAAAAUAUCCUAAAUUGUUUUGACAAAGCUAUACAUGGUUCAUUACCUAUUAAAAUGAGAAUUACAUUUUCUCAGAGAAAAGUGGAAUUUCUUGAAGAUUUUGGUUCAGAUGUUAAUAAGCUUUUGAAUGCUUAUGAUGAACAUCAAACACUCCUAAAAGAACAGGAUUCUUUAAAAAGGAAAGCAGAAAAUGGGUCAGAAGAACCAGAGGAAAAGAAAGCUCACACAGAAGAUACAACUUCAUCAUCUACACAGAUGAUUGAUGGUGAUUUACAGGCAAAUCAAGCUGCAUAUAAUUAUAGUGCCUGGUAUCAAUACAAUUAUCAGAAUCCUUGGAAUUAUGGACAGUAUUACCCUCCUCCUCCAACCUGAUGAGAAAAUAUAUCAGAUGGAAAGUGUGAAAAAUACGAAAUUAUUUUUUUUUAAUGAGGGAUGUAAACAUAGCGUAAACUUGUUGUAUUUGAUAACUUGUCUUCCUAUUUCUGUGUAACAUGAUUUGUUUAGUAAUAGGGGAAAAUGUCACUUAGUAGCUUACCACAGAUACUAUUUCCUACCAUUUAUAAAAUUUACUUUUUAUUGGAGAACUAUUUUUUUGAUUUUUGCAUUAAGUGGUCUAGAAUUCUUUUGCAAUGCAUUUGCAACAGAGUUUUGUAGCCUUAAGGGGUAGGAAAAAAAAAACUGACUGCAAAUCAUGUCAGUGUAAUACAAGAUCUGAAAAUACAUAAGGGCUGGUUAUUAAGGAUUUACCUCUGUAAAAAAAAUGGAUUUUUAACCUUUGAUGACAAGGUUUUGUCUGUUUCAGUUAUCCUUGUGAAUUUGGAUUUAACUGCAGAAAAGAUAUACUAUUAAACACUAUGUCUUGGGAUAGAGAUUAUAAAUGAAAAAAAAAGGAAUGUUUGCAUCCCUUUUAAAAAAUGAAAAUCAUAUCAAAAGUAUGUUGUUUCAGGAGACUUUGUAUUUAGAAUAUUCAUGUAAAACUUGUGAGCAAGCUUUCAUUUUGAUCAAACUGAUCAUCCUCAUUUUUGUAAUAAAACUGAAGACUCCUCUAUAAAUUGUUACGAAUUUAUUGGGGGGUGGAUCACCUCACAAUAUUAACUUUUAUUCAUCAUUAUUAGUGGUUCAUUGGUUUUGAAGUAUACUUUUCUUGAAUUUAGUUAUUAUCUUCUUGCCAGAAUUAGACCAUUUAGCUUUUUGCUUCCUCCGUUUCUGUGCUCAUUUUCACUAUACAGGAAUAUUUAUUUAAAGAUUUUUUAAGAGGAGGGGUACCUGGGUGGCUCAGUUAGUUGAGCGUCCGACUCUUGGUUUCAACUCAGGUCGUGAUCUCAGGGUUGAGAUUUGAGCCCCAUGUGGGGCUCCGAGCUCAGUGGGAAGUAAGCUUGAGAUUCUCUUUCUCUCCCUCUCUGCUCCUCACUCUCCCUCAGGUCAUGCACAUGCACUUUUUCUAAAAAAAGCUUAAAAAAAAAGUUCUUAAAAGAUCUUUAAAAAAAGGUAAAGAUUUUAAGAGGAGUGCCCCUGGCAAAGCUGUCUAGACAAUUUUACUGUAACUCCCUGUUCUGAUUAAAGCCUUAGCUCUGGUUAACCUAAUCAGAACAUUUAUAUAUUAACACCAAACAAAUCAAGACACUGAAUAUGUUUUUAUUGAACCUUUUAGUUUACAACAUGAGGUAAAAGGAAAGUCAUUUCUCCUUAACUAAUAUUUUACACAGCUGUAGUAAAAUAUUUCAAAUUUUAGGGAAUUAUAAUGGAUUACAUAUAUUAAAAGUUGGGGAUUGGGUAAACAAUAUCGGAGUUCUUGAAUUUUCCGGUUGACUCUUCCCUUACAAUAGUAACCAGCUCUAAUUAGUUACAUAAGUUUCUUCAAGGCCAUGUUUUAUUGUUGCUGAUGUCUUUAUAUCCGAAGCAUUGCUAUUUCAGUCAAUAUCCACUAACUCCACUUCAAAAAUGAGUUUUGCAUUUGGUGGAAUUCUGUUGAAGAAGUCAAGGUAAAUUCGAUAAAAAGUGUUUCUUCCUUCACUCCCAAUAACCUCAGUCUAAAAUUGAACUAUAUAUAAUGGAUAUUGGGUAUUAACCCCAAAGGGAAGGGCUUUAUGACUGACUGAGGCGCUAAUACAUACUAGCCUAGUGGUUCCUAAAAGUAUCUUUGUGAAUGGUGAUCAUAACCUAUCAGUAGAGGCUGACUAGAUAGGCUGAGCUUGACUAGGAUCUUCCUUUCUUGGAUGCCUCCUAGUACUCCCAACUUAACUACCACCUAAUGAGAAUUGCUGCUCUGUGCUUCAAAAAAAAAAGUGAUUUCAGUCUAGUUGGGUGUAAAAGUGAUAUUAAAUCAAAGUUCAUAUGAGGUAGUGCCUGAUCUCUGCUAUGAAUUUUAAGAUGCUGAGUUCAGAGAAGUGUGAUUUUUAUCUGAUUGGUUUUGAGAUGCUUCACAUGGGAGAGGGGGAGCUGUAGUUGGGCCACCUAGUUUUGAUAGGCUUAGAGGAGGACUAUUAUAUUCCUAAAUAAUCUUAACUGAUAAGAUUGGAGAGGACUUCCAAAUUUUUUAAAAGUUACUUUAACUGAUCCAAUUAGUCCAAUGGGAAUGGAACCAACAACAGAAAAAACUACCUUCUCACUUAGUUACGGGAUUGUUCUGGUCAGCAUGGUCAGGAGGCAUGGCUUUUUAAUUUUCACAAACCAGGCCUAUCAGAAAAGUAUUGCCAGUAGUAGUAAUCACAUAUGCUUACACAUUGUUGGACCCAUGGUCUCCUUAAUUUCAUAACUGGUAAUCCCCAACAUGUGUUCCAUUUCUAAGCUUUGAGUACCCAUUUACUUGCCUGAAAUUACACUGUAGCAUAAAAUAACCAUGAGCCAUACUUGUAUCCUGUAAUUUGCUUUAGUUGUUUGUACUGGACAUCUUUUUUUUUUUUUUUAAGAUUUUAUUUAUUUAUUGAGAGAGAGAGAAUGAGAGACAGAGAGCAUGAGAGGGAGGAGGGUCAGAGGGAGAAGCAGACUCCCUGCCGAGCAGGGAGCCCGAUGCGGGACUCGAUCCUGGGACUCCAGGAUCAUGACCUGAGCCAAAGGCAGUCGUUUUAACCAACUGAGCCACCCAGGUGCCCCUGUACUGGACAUCUUAACUCCUUGAAGUACGUCCUUCAUAUGGUAACAAUUGCCUUUCAAAGAUGAAAACUUUUAAAACCUCGUAAUUUACCUCUUAAAAAUAAAAAACUUGAGUUCAAGAAGAAAAAAGGUAGAUUCUAUUCUAGCUCAAGCUCAUACA